AUGGCUUCCACGGUCUCCAAUCAGGAUUUUGAAGAUGGGCCAGCUACUACUGUCGAUGCGCCGCGCUUUACUCGCUUGCGCUCUAUCUGGAGAUCCGUUCCAUUCCAGAUCGCAAUCUGUUCCGGUGUCUCGUUCACUGCGCCUGGUAUGUGGGAUGCGAUGAACAACCUUGGAGCUGGUGGAGCUGCAGAGCCUUAUGCUGUGUCUGCGGCAAAUGCUCUUCUCUACGGCUUGUUCGCAGUUGUGUGUGUCGCGGCUGGUGCUAUCAACAACCGCAUCGGUCUUCGCUAUGGUUUGAUCAUUGGCGCGAUCGGCUACCCUAUCUAUGGCGCCGGUCUCUACACCAACAACUACCACCCGACAACUUGGUUCAUGCUCUUCGGUAGCGCACUCUGCGGUAUCUCGGCUGGAUUCUUCUGGGCGGCGGAGGCUGCAAUUAUUAUUGGAUACCCUACCCCUAAGGAUCGGGCUUUCUAUCUCGCUAUUUGGCAAACAGCCAAGGCUUUAGGUCCUAUCGUCGGUGGCGCAAUCAGCCUCGGCCUGAAUGCCCAGACUUCAGUACAGGGUACGAUCAGCCAAGGAACCUAUAUCGUCUUCAUCGUCAUCAUGUGCCUCGGUCUGCCUGUCGCAUUUUGCCUGAGCCCGGCGGAGAAAGUGCAGCGCAAGGAUCGCACCUUGGUUGUGGUCCACAAGAAGGAGUCUUGGGCAGCUGAGUUCCGGGCCGCGUUCAAGUUGAUUGCCACGCGCCGGGUCCUCCUGCUUUUGCCUUCUUUCUUCAUCAGUUACUUCUACAACGGCUUCCUCAGCACUUGGUUGACCGACUACUUCACCGUCCGCGCUCGCGCCUUCUCGUCAUUCUUCACCAACUUCGCCGGUAUCUUCUCUUCAUUCUUGAUUGCUGCCCUGCUUGAUCGGCAAUCGAUUUACAUCAAGACCCGCGCACGCAUUGCAUUCUUGACUAUCGUUAUUAUUCUCAUCGGAACUUGGAUCUGGGCUACAAUCCUGCAAUACCAGUUCUACUACGACCUACCGGAAUCCCCCGUCUUUGACUGGUUCAAGGGCGGCUUCGGGAAGUCGUACGCCUUGGUCUUCUUCUGGACCUUCGGCGGCCAAGCAUUUCAACAAUUCCUUUACUGGCUGGUGGGCCAGUACAGCACCGACAUCUCGUCUCUGUCUUAUCACUGCGGAAUUCUGCGAGGAUUUGAGGCUCUCGGUCAAACCGUUGCUUGGGCUAUGCAAUCCGAGGGUGGCGCAAACCACUUCGUCAGCAUUGGUCUCAACUUCGGAAUCACCAUCCUCUGCGUCGUUCCUACAUGGAUCGUUCUGUCGGAACUUGAGCACAGUCACGAGGUGCAAAUCGUUGCAGAAGAUGGUGCAAAAACCACUGAGGACAAUGCGCCAUAA